AUGGCACUGGAACGAGGCUCCUGCGCGAUUGGUCGGCUUCCGAAUGAGUUGCUCGCCCAAGUUAUCGAGCUCGCUGCUGCAUACGAUCUUUUGCGAGAUGGAGAUCCCUUCGUGCUCGCUUCGCCGACCUCCGUCCAAGUCGCAGACAAAACGAGGCGGAGCAUCAUGCUCGCGCUGGCGAUGGCUCGAAUCACACCUGAGAUCAGGACCGGCUGGAAGACUUCGUCCAGCGACUUCCCCAUGCCGUACUUCACGGGAUCAUUCAAUGGUCCCGUCCGUGUUUCAGAGCACUCACCCCACCUGAUCAAAAAGACGCGCACCAUAGUUGCAUUGCUGGGCUGGAACUCUGGAUCCCCAGAGGAGUGCCGAGCAGGCGUCCAGCUCUGUCAUCUUCUCUCGCACCUCGCGUUGAAGCAUUUUUCCACCGAUCUGAGCUUUUCAGUACCUUGGCUCUCUUUCCUCGGAAUGCGUAGUUCGCAGUCCUUGACACAUUUGGAUAUUCACAUCCCCCCUACCUUCAUCUCCGACACCACCAUCAGGCAGUUAAACUGCUUCGAGUACCUCGUGUUCCUACGCAUGGUGGACGUUGGCGAUUUGGAGAGCGACGAGACGGCUCCCUCACCGGAAAACCUGAAGGAUUUGCCCCGGCUUUCUCUCCCUAAUCUCGUGGAGAUGCAGCUCGUGGUUAAAAACUUCGUUAGCGAGGGACAUCCCGAUGGCCCCAUACCCUUCCGCAUCGGUGAAAUGGCUGAUCUACCGUCUCUCACUCGUUUACGACUCCACGAAGAUUAUACGGGAGACGACACACUUCAGAACCUCCUCAAAGCCCACGGAGAAAAACUCGAAGUCCUGCAUUAUACCUCCGGCGCGAUACCCACCGUAUACGACUUCAUGUCGUUCUCCCAACUCGCGCCAAACCUGACUGAAUUUGGUUGCCACGUCUCGGCUUACGCUGAAGUCAUCAACGGCCACGCCCCACUCAUACAGCAUCCCCGUAUUCAACACUUGUCGAUAUCUGGGCUCGGCUGGUUCACCGAGACCUUGCGCCUCAUCGAUCGCAAGACCCUUCCGUCUCUACUCAAUAUUCGUCUUUCCAACGUCGUAUGGGCCGACAUCCGCGAGCGAGACGAGUUCGGAACGGAUCGCAUGCAACGUAAGGUGUUGGAGGAAAUCGAAAUCGCUGCGCGCCUCGCAAUGCAGGGUAUACUUGUACUUGACAGGGUCGGCAAGCCGUUCGGUGAUCUGGAGUCGGUGGUAGAACGGCGUCGAAAGCAGAAAGUAGAGUUGACCGACGGUGUAGUAACCCAACAAUAG